GAUGCUAAGAAGAGAACCAAGGCCAGAAAGGAGACCUACUCCUCCUACAUCUACAAGGUUCUGAAGCAGACCCACCCAGACACCGGUAUUUCCCAGAAGGCCAUGUCCAUCAUGAACUCAUUCGUGAACGACAUCUUCGAGAGAAUCGCUUCUGAGGCUUCCAAGCUUGCUGCUUACAACAAAAAGUCCACUAUUUCCGCUAGAGAGAUCCAGACUGCUGUGAGACUGAUCUUGCCUGGAGAAUUGGCCAAGCACGCUGUUUCUGAAGGUACCAGAGCUGUCACUAAGUACACUUCUGCCACC